GACGCGACGCCGAGAUCCGGGAACGUCCUCGAGGCCCGGCCACUCCUGGGCCGCGAGGAGGUGACUUCACCUCGCCAGGAGCUAGGAACCCGGAGGAGGGCCUCCCGACCGGCAGGGCUGACGGUCCUAGGGGCGGAGGCCGGCCAGCCCCGCGCUCUUCCCAGCCAUUGUUCUUCAACUCCGGGGCUCCGCUCGCCCUCCUCUCCGCCCGCGGACAGGAAGUCCCUGCCCAGUCGGCCCCACCCCGCUCGCCAGCGCCCCGGAAGUGAUCUGCGGCGGCUGCUGCAGAGCGGCCAGGAGGAGGGUGGACCUGCCCAGAGCGGAGCGCCGGAGUCGUCCUCCUCCUACUCCUCCAGCUCCUGCUCCUCCUGCUCCUCCUGCUACCGCCCAGGCUCCGCCACCGCCCGCCCGUCCGCCGGACUCCUCCUCCUGCCGCUCAUCCGGCCCGAGCCAGAGCAGCCGCGGCUUCCGAAGCCCGCGGGGCGGCGGGGACCGGCUCGCGGUGCAGAUUCUUCUCACUUAAUCUUUUGGUGGAAACUACAACACAAGAUGGCUGCAAAUAAGCCCAAGGGUCAGAAUUCCUUGGCUUUACACAAAGUCAUCAUGGUGGGAAGUGGUGGUGUGGGCAAAUCUGCUCUCACUCUACAGUUCAUGUAUGACGAGUUUGUAGAGGACUAUGAGCCCACCAAAGCAGACAGCUAUCGGAAGAAGGUAGUGCUGGAUGGGGAGGAAGUGCAGAUCGAUAUCUUAGAUACAGCUGGGCAGGAAGACUACGCUGCCAUCAGAGACAACUACUUCCGGAGUGGGGAGGGUUUCCUCUGUGUCUUCUCUAUUACGGAAAUGGAGUCCUUUGCAGCCACAGCCGACUUCAGGGAGCAGAUUUUAAGAGUAAAAGAAGACGAGAAUGUUCCUUUUCUGCUGGUUGGUAACAAAUCAGAUUUAGAAGAUAAAAGGCAGGUUUCUGUAGAAGAAGCAAAAAACCGAGCUGACCAGUGGAAUGUUAACUAUGUGGAAACAUCUGCUAAAACGCGGGCUAAUGUUGACAAGGUAUUUUUUGAUUUAAUGAGGGAAAUUCGAGCCAGAAAGAUGGAAGACAGCAAAGAGAAGAAUGGGAAAAAGAAGAGGAAAAGUUUAGCCAAGAGAAUCAGAGAAAGAUGCUGCAUUUUAUAAUCAGAGCCCAACUUCUUUCUUACCUUGACCAUACUAAUAAAUAUAAUUUAUAAGCAUUGCCAAUGAAGGCUCAAUUGACUGAAAUUACUUUAACAUUUUGGAAAUUGUUAUGUAUCACUAAAAGCAUGAAUUGGAACUACACUGAAAGUCAAAUUCACUCUAAAAAGAAAUUCACGUGGCCUCUCCCAGAAGCAAAGUUGAGCUUAUUUCAUAACUGCCUACAUUUAUCACGGUCCUGAAUGUAGCAUGUCUGUCUCUCGGGCAGUUUGUCCGGAACUGUUAAAUAAAGAAGUGAGACAGUGGUGGGCAACGGGAGGAAAGGCUACUUCCUCUGGCGUUUAUUAUAAAGCUUAAAUUUUAUAUCAUUUUAAAAUGUCUUGGUCUUCUACUGCCUUGAAAAAUGACAAUUGUGAACAUGAUAGUUAAACUGUACCACUUUUUAAACCAUUGUUAUGCAAAAUAUAGAAGAAAAAGUUGUUGGCAUGGUUGUUGCAUAUAGUUAAUCUGAGAGCAAUUCAUCUGUGAGUCUGCACUAAUGACCUGGUGAUUAACUUAGAAAACUGGUGUAAGCUUGUACAUGGACAUUUUGGAAUAUGCCUUAAUUUAGAAACUGAAAAAUAUCCAGUUACAUCAUUCUGGGCAUGUUCUCGCUGGCGCCCCGUUGUCCCGUGAGACACUGUAUGCCUGCUGUGGGGUACAGCUUUUGUAUAGAAGGUUCUUAAGAAAUAACUGUCCGCUGGGAGUCUGUCCAGAUGAAAACUGUGUGCCAUACUCUGGUCCUUGGAAGUAAGGUUCCAGAGCUGCUUGAGCACUCUGAAUCGGCUGUGAGGUGGUUUACAGUGGAAGGCCAGCAUGUCCUUGCAAGAUAAUUUUAGACUUGUGAGGAUUCACCACCUGAUGGAUUUGUGUGAAGCCUCUUUUCCUCUAAGAUGCUGGUCCCUGGAAAUCACUUUUCGCAGGUGGUGAGUAUGUAAGUGUUAGGUUUUAAUCUCCUCAAAUUAGGGCACAGGAAAAAUAUUAACCAUGCUAAUAAUCCAUUUUGCAUUAGAACACUUGGAGAAAAUAAGUCAUACUUGCCACCUGUUUCUUUCUAAAUUUGUAUUCAUGAGAUUUACAGUUUGGCUUUACAGGAAUUAUUAAGAGUAUUUGUAGUUUGUUUAUGUUCAUGAUGAACUCUGUGGCUACAUCUUCCUAAAAUUAGCAUCAAACAAUCCAGCCCAGGCAUAGUGUAGAAAACGUGUGUGCACACACACACACCAAACAUGGGGCUGCGUCCCUACUCAGUCGCCACUUGAAGUGUUCCAGCAAGCUGUUUGGAUACAUAAUUUUGCUGGGAAUUACAUAGAUCACUGUCAUUCUUUCCUCUCUGGGAUGGAGCUAGCACAGUUGAUUGAACAGAGCUUUUUGGUUUUUUUUCCUCAGCCCUAAUUUGAAUCAGUCAAAGAUAUGUUCAGGCAUUCCAGGUAACAGAAGUGUAUGUAAAGCUAUCAAAAAUAGACUUUUAAGGAACUCAGCUCUUUAGAUACUACAUUCAGCUUGUCAUGUUAAAUAUUUGUCCCUCAAGAGUGUGAGAUGUACAUCUUCCAUUUCGUAUUUUUCAUAGGUUAUGCCAUAUGCAGAAUUAAAGUUACCAAUGUAAUAUUGGCCAGCGGGCCCAGAAAUCUCUGUCUGUAUUCACUCAUUGCAGUCUUACUAACCAGGGGUCAUAACCACUAACAUUGUGACUCUGCUUUGAGACCUUUCCUCUCCUGGGUACUGAGGUGCUAUGAAGCCAAUGGACAGAGAUGCCUCACAUGUCUUAGGCUGAUGCCACUACCCAAUUCCUUUAUUUGCAAUUUGAGCCAUUUAAAGACCAAUAAACUUCCUUUUUUUAAAAAAAAAAA